UCUGACAAGAGUGACACGAUAGUUCGUUCAAGUAAAUUGUAUUUCGCAGUAGCGAAGUAAUUACUGAGAAUAAAAUCAGAUAAACUCAAAGAAAUGAUGCCAAUCGUAAAUCUGCUUAGGGCAGGUAGUAGACUGACUGCGAAAUGCUUGCAAAGAACAUUAAUUUCAAAGGGAGUAAAAUCUCCUGCUGGAGUUUGCAUAUUACAGAAACGUGCGAUAUUAUUUAGCACUAGUGCAAAAUUGGAUUCUCAAGGCGAACACAGCGAUUCAGAUUCAGACUCGCGUAAAGCACUUGGAAAAUUGGAGGGAAAACUCCGGCUUUCCUUCACAUGUAAAAAAUGCAUGACUCGAAAUAACAAACUAAUUUCGAAAAUCAGUUACCAAACAGGGGUCGUGAUAGUGCGGUGUGACGGUUGCAAAAACAAUCAUUUAAUAGCGGAUAAUCUUGGAUGGUUCUCCGACCUGAAGCAGAAGAUUAAUAUUGAAAAACUUAUGGCCUCCAAAGGGGAAAACGUUCGUAAAUUUGCGAACUAUGACGAAGGGUAUUUCGAGGCUGUUGCAGAGGAGGCAUUAGUGAAAAUGAAGAGACAACAGAGCAAGUUAACUUCUGAACAAGCUGAAAAUGAACAAGAAAAUCUUCCUACACUCGAAUAUCAAAAAGUCGGAACGUCGCUUAAAGAUUGAAACAACAUAUACGCGAAAUUGCAGUUUGAUUCAUUUUCAAAUGAUCCUUCGAUUAUUAAACCGAUUAAUUGUUCUAAGUUAAAAGCCUUAACCGGUAAAAAGAAAAUGGCAAAGUCAACAUCCACAAAUAUACUUAAAAUCGUAACAUAUUUGUAUUUGUCUUGUUUUGAAUUUUUUAAACAAGUAUAAAAUACUUAUACACGUAAUAUAAAAUUUAUGUCAAUUUUUGUAAAUAGAAAUGCUAACGUUACUGCUACAGUAAAGUGUUUUUCC